GCCUUUGUACUUUGAACUUAUUUUCUGUGGGCAGGUUAAUGCAUAGGAAAAUGAUGACUUUUCAUUUGGGACAAAGUGUAAUACUAAAGCAGUUGGCUGCUCAUUUUGAGACAUCACUGAACAAAGCAAAUAUACACCAGUCAACAUUACUGCAAGAAGACAACGUUUUUUAAGAACAUGGAUUCUGUCAAGCUCUGGAUAACAAUCUCAAUAUUUAUUUGCUCUGUCUGUAAUGGUGGUAAAAUUUUGGUGGUGCCUUUGGAGGGAAGUCAUUGGGUGAAUAUGAAUGUCCUCAUCAAGGCUUUGCAUGACCAGGGACACACAGUUGAUGUGAUACGCACCAGCAAAAGUUGGUACGUCAAAGAAAACUCCCCUUAUUAUAAUGCUAUAACUGUACCCAACACCACAGGACUUGAUGAAAAAUUCAUGCAAGAAGCAGUCCAUAAAAUGAUUGACUAUGAACGAGGAAAGACCUCUUGGCUCAGUUCAAUAAGUUGGCGAUUUGAAAUUUUCAGUAUUAUAAAAAAGGUCAACGAAAUGAUAUGUCAGCUUAUAAUAAAUAUAUUUGAAAGUGAGGAUAUUAUGCAUACUUUGAAAGAAAAGCAGUAUGAUCUGAUGUUUACUGACCCAGCAUGGGGCACCGGCAUUAUUUUGGCACAUAAACUCCAGCUACCGGUGGUCUAUAAUGUGAGAUGGACUGCAACUGGUGAAGGACACUUUGACAUUGCCCCCUCACCAUUGUCUUACAUUCCCAUAACAGGAUCGGGACAUGCAGACAAAAUGACGUUCUUUCAAAGAGUAAAAAAUGUUUUCUUCUUUUUUUCAAUGGACCUUCCAAACAGGCUUUUAACUGAGCCCCAGUACCAAGCACUUUGUGACAAAUAUUUGCAUCCACCUGUAAGUUUUCGAGAACUUCACCAGGGAGCUGAUAUUUGGCUGAUGAGAGUCGAUUUUGUUUUUGAUUUUCCUCGUCCAACCAUGCCAAAUAUCAUCUACAUUGGCGGCUUCCAGUGCAAACCAGCAAAGGCUCUCCCACAGGACCUGGAGGACUUUAUGCAAACAUCUGGAGAUCAUGGUGUGAUCAUCAUGUCCUUAGGGACAUUUGUUAGUUAUCUACCAGAUGACAUAACUGAAGAAAUAGCUGCUGCUUUUGCUCAGCUCCCUCAGAAGGUGAUUUGGAGAUACACUGGUAAGAGACCAUCUACUCUGGGCAAUAACACAUUACUGAUUGACUGGAUGCCACAGAAUGAUCUUCUAGGACAUCCAAAGACUCAAGGUUUUGUAGCUCAUGGAGGAACCAAUGGAGUUCAGGAAGCUUUGUACCACGGUAUUCCAGUUGUUGGAAUUCCACUUUUCUUUGAUCAGUAUGAUAAUCUUCUUCGACUGCAAGAAAGAGGAGGAGCCAAGAUUCUCUCUAUCGCAACUUUAGAUAGGAACAUACUCCACACGGCCAUAAAGGAAGUCAUCAAUGAACCGUCCUACAGACUGAGUAUGCAGAAACUUUCUCAUCUUCACAGAGACAAACCAGUUCAACCUUUAGACAGCGCCCUCUUCUGGAUUGAGUUUGUUAUGAGACACAAAGGUGCUGCUCAUCUUCGUACAGAGUCUUACAAACUGCCUUGGUACUCCUAUUACUCAGUAGAUGUUGCAGUUGUUUUGUUUACAGUUGUUUUGAUAUUUAUGCUCUCUGUUUUUUGGACAGUUAGAUAUCUCUGUGUCAUGUUGUGCUGCAGCAGGAAAAGAAAAACUGAUUGAUGUUUACAUAUGAAGUGUCAUCUUCACCAACAUAUUCACUGUAAAGUUAGAAACUCCCAAGUUUUCAUUUCUAAAACGUACAGUAUGUUUUUAUAGUAUACUGUAGUAAACUCUAUGUCAAACUUUUUAGUAGUAGUUUUAUGUCAAAGUAUGUGAUUUGUUGGCAUUAAAGCUCCCAUAAAACAAACUGUUCCUGCUUAUCUGAUGUUAAUCUUGAGUACCUAUAGAGUAAGUAUUACACCCUUCAUAUCUCAGAAGAGUCUUUAGUUUGAUCAGAUUUAUAAAAGACAGAUCCGCUUUAGCGUAUGUUUCCUAUGAUACCUGAAGUUAUUUUAUGUUAUAGACAUCAGAGAUGAACUUUUCCACAGUGUCAUCUGCCAUUUCAUAUAAGCCAGUACUUUAAAUUCAUAUAGAUUUGAAUAGCCGCCACUGUUUCAUCGUUCCUCAGUAAAAAAAAUCGCUUGGUGAUCCCAAAAAUAUAAUUCCUUGUAUCUUUAUUGUUAUAGUUGCAGUGUAGUGCUAAUCUCUUUCAUUUCUGAUUAUUUUUAACACUAUAGUCAAUGAACAGCACUUAAACCAACAAGGUGUUUUUCUUACAUAAUGAUUAAAUGUCCCUGUAUGAGUUAGGGUUAGGGUUAAAAUGUGUGUUAUGUGCAAAACAUUUUAGUAUAGUCAAUCAUUUGUGGGUGGCAGGGGCCCUAAAAUCUCUGGGGUCCCAUGAAUUGUAACUGUAGUUUGCAUGGUGGCAAGAAUAAAUCACAAAAAAUAUAAAACUCUCUUUGUUUACUCUUGCUUAAUCCCCAGACAUUUACACAAUAUGAUGCCUUUUAAUAAUCAAAGAAUAGGUUGUUAAUCGUGAUUGGAUCACAUUGAUAGAAAUUUCUGUAUUGGCUGACCUGUCUCUUUAACACAAAGGGCCCUAUCUUGCACCCAGCGCAAUUGACUUUGUCAGUGACGCAUGUAUCAUUCGUAUUUUGCGGGUUUUUCCCUCCACAGAUGCACGUCGGCAAACUAGGAAAUGAACUUGCGCUCCCUGGGCGGUUCAGCGCAAAAAAGGAGGCGUGUUCCGGCGCAAACCAUCCCUGAUGCUAUUUUGCAGUUUCAAAAAACAAUUGCGCCACUGACCAGAAAAAAACUUGUCUAAAGUCAGUGGCGCGUUGUUCAUUAUGCUAUUUUAAGGGCGCAUGCUUGACCAUAAUGUAUAGCGUGCACAACGCGCACACACUUUGCUUAUCUAAUCUACACAGAUGCAACAGUUAUUUUUGCAAAUCAUAAAUUGUUACAAUAAAAAAUAUUAAUACAUGAGAUAAGGGAAAUCACUGUGGUGAGCAUUGUGGUGAUAGUUUUUAUUUAUUUUGUGUGGCUGCGUUAAAAAAUUAUCAUGCAAAUAACGAUUAAAAUAUUUUCAUAAGUUUGUUGUGUGGCUGUAUUACGUUUAUUUUAUGUAAAUAAUAAUAAAAAUGUUUUCAUAAGAAACCUUAAUGUAUGUGAACUUGA